AUGAAGAUUGAAAAGUUAACUUCAUUUUUUUUCGAAAUUUUAUCUUAUCGAAAAAUUGAGUACAGAAAUAAAACAAUAUUAUUAAGGGAUAUACUGGACUUUCAUGCUAUAUGUUUAGAUUUAUUUCUAUCAUGUUUCUAUAAAGCGAUUGAAUAUAUCUGGACACUAUAUGUGCGUGUUAUCGGUUCACGUUGCAUUAGUGCUCUAUAUUCUCUUUUUAUCAGUUUUUGA